GCAAGUGUUUACCGGAAAUGAGCGUCUUGCGUCGCUCGUCGACGCUCCAAAACCAUAGAACGAUGUAAACAAGACAAAACAGCCGCCCUUAACUUAUUGUGCCUUCGCCAUGAAUGGGCAGCGGCUUACAAAGGUCACCCGGAGCUCACAGCAGGAAAAUCUGUCCUUUUAAAACGAGCAAGCAGCCGUAAACAGUGAUGGAGUUGUCUCAGAGGGACCGGCUGUCGCAGCUGGUGGAGGAACUCACCACAUCGGGACAGCCACAGCUCAACCAGGAGAAGAUGAAGGAGGUCAAGAAGCUCUGCAAAGUGUCUAAUGACUGCAUCGACCACGUGUACCACUCAGUGAUGUCCCAGUUAAACCAAGAACACGCCGAGAUCCGACUGUCUGCCUUCCAGAUCGCCAGCGAGCUCUUCUCUAGAUCGCACCACUUCAGGACGCUGAUAGUCGACAACUUCCAGGAAUUCUUGGAGCUGACAGUAGAGACAGAUUCAGAGCAGCCCCUCCCUCCUCCUAAGGAAGUAGCCAGGAAACUGAGGUCGCUGGCCAUCCAGACCAUCCAGUCAUGGCAGGCGUCUUAUGGUUCUGCUUAUAAGAAGCUGGCUCUGGGAUACCACUUCCUCAAACAGGUUAAGAAGGUGGACUUUCAGGAUGCUGAGGCCAGAACGGUAGCAGAGAGGAGGAGGGAGGAGGAGAGACAGAGGAAAAUGCAGAGGAUCUACAAGGAGAGGGUGGAGGCAGCAGCCAAAGACAUGGAGGAGUCAUACGAAGAAAUUGAAGCAACGCUGACGGAGAUGGAGUCCUGUAUGAAGCUGCUUUUCCCUCAGUUUGACCUCACAGCUGUCCAGGCAGCCAAUAGCAGCCCUUCAAACUCCCAACCAGCCAAUGAGUAUCCUUCAGACGAUGACCAGCCCUGCUGCAGCAAAGACCUCAAGGAUGAUGGAAGAGAAAGAAAGACGCUCGAAAGGGAAGAAAAGAAAAGAGGCAGUGGAGUGACAGAGGAGGAGAAAAGGUCUGAAGGCGAGGAGAGGAGAGGUGGAAAUCAGCAGGAGGAGAAGACGGGAAAGGAGGUUGAAGAUGGAGAAGAAAAGGAGAGUGCAGAGGGAGAGCUGGCAGAAGAUGAUGAGGAAGAAGAGGAGGAAGGAAGUAGUGAAGAAGAAGAAGAGGAGGAUGAGGAGCCUCUUGAUGAAGGUUCCUUUAUCAGGAACUCAGGGCUCAUCUCUCACUCCUACAGUCUGGACCUGAACCUGAGUCCAGGUCUUCAUGUUAAAGAGACGGAGGAUAAUGAGCCAGUGGUUUCCACGGUGAUAGACCUGCACAGGCUGAUAACAACCAAACACCUACCGGCUGUGCAGGGCUGGAUUCAGGUCUUUACCAAGUCUGGUGCAGAGCAGCAGCUGUUGAGAAGAGCGUUGGAUCUGAAGAAGUCUCUGGAAGCCGCGCUGCAGAAACAGGAGGAGCUUCACAUCGACUACAAGACCAGGACCCGCAAAGUGCUGAAGGCUUCUUCGGACGGAGACGACGACGAUGAUGACGAUUUCGACGAGGUUCCAGAAAAAGAGGGUUAUGAGCCGCACAUUCCAGAGCAUCUGCGAGCCGAAUACGGUUUGGAUCCUUCUCCUUCCACCUCAACAGCACCAGUCGCCCAAAAAAAGCCUCCCGCUAAAAGACCUGUAGCUCCUCCUCGUCCUCCUCCACCCUCCUCUUCGUCCUCCAGGCGGCUGAAGCGACUCUUAGAGGAGGAACAAGAUCCAACCUCUGUUGUUGCCACUCUACGCCUCCUCAAACAGAAGAUCCCUCUGCCCACAGAAUCCAGCGACUCCUCUGGUCCCAGUUCGUCUCAGUCUGGUUCAGAUCAGAAGGCUGCCCAUGCUCCCGUGGUUCCGUUCGGUUUGGAUUUGUACUACUGGGGCCAGGAGCAGCCCAACGCUGGCAAGAUCAUCAAGUCAGCCUCUCAGCAUCAGUUCUGGGUUCCCAUAAACACCGAGGAGGAGGUGGAGAACGAGGAGAUGGCGGCGGAGAGCAGGAGCAGAUACAUCUCCUUCCCCGGGACCUUCACACCCGUCAGCCACUUCUGCAGAGCUCCGCUGGGCAACGGGAAACUGUGUCAGAGACAAGAUCGCCUCAAGUGUCCUUUCCACGGUCGGAUCAUCCCUCGAGACCAGGAGGGUCGACCCUGCAGCCAGGAGGACCGACUGAGGGAGGAGCAGGAGGAGAGGAGGAGGAGAGAGCAGCAGCCUGACUGGCACGAUGCAGAGCUGAUGCGAGACAUCGAGGCGGCCACAGGAGAGGACCUGGGCUCUAGUCGGGUUCGUGGUAAAAAAGGGAAGAAGAAGAAAUAUCCCAACCUCAGCGAUCUGAAGCAGAGCACCAACACGGCACGCUCCAGGCUGGAGAAAAAAGUCUUAAACAAGAGCUCCUUACGAAGAGUGGCUGAGGUGAUGAACAAAGUCGACAAGAGGAAACACGACAAGUUCUCCAACCAGUUCAACUACUCCCUCAAGUGACCUCCAGCCACCAUCACACGCCUCCAAAUGAAGUGGAGCGGACUGGUUCUCCUCUUAGUAAAUUCUUCUUAUUCUGGUUCAUUUCAAUCAGGUGUGUUCAUCCUAGAUUCUAGAUGUUCAUUCGCUGUUUGGUGCAACUGGUGGUGGAGAUGGAGACACAAUAAUCACAUAAAGAGAAACACACCAGGUUGAAAUUAACAGUUUAUCCAGAUUUAUUGGUGCUAAAAGAAGAAAGAAUUUAAUUUAUUGAUGUGCACGUAUAGGGAUCAGGUUAGCAGGUUAUCAUGACUGGUGACUGCAAUAAUAUGUGAAACAGCUGACAUGAUUUAACUGUCAGCCUCUUUAAGGAGACGCCUUUAUAGAGAUGUGAUCAUUAAUCAGAUGUACAUACAUUAGUAAGGUGUGAUGAAGUAAUGAAAAUGAUAUUUCUUUUGACCUAAUUUAUUGGCCAAAUUGUUAAGCUUAUUAUUGCCUUUGUGUCAAACCAUGUCCAGGCUCCUUUUUCCAUAAGUGGCCCGUUUUUACUCCUUUUUUCUACUAUUUUCUUGUUGAAUUUGUUAAUGUGUGCAUUAAAAACGAUGUGUGCCACAAUAAAACUGUAAAUGUUAA